AUGGCUUCGACAACACCCACACAGACCCCCUCGUACCGCCGGACACGCAGCAAAUCCCCGCGCAGCCGGCCAACCACCCCCUUACGCGCCUCGUCUCGUAGCAGUCUGCGCGAAAGCUCACAGCGGGGGCGGGCGGCUUCCACCUCGGGCAACGCGCUCGAGGGCCUCCAGGACGGCUUUGCAGAGCUCAGCGACGCCAUGGCUGAUUUGGAGCAGAACUUUAUGCAACUGCAGCUCAUGCACGAGAGUCUGGCCCGCUUCUCCGAGAGCUUUGCCGGCUUCCUGUACGGCAUGAACAUGAACGCUUUCUGUGUCGACUUUCCCGAGGCACGAUACCCCGCCCCGCCCUGCCCAUCCGAAUCAUUCAAACGCCCUCAAAACCAUGCACAUCUAGCAAGUACCCACUUCAGCCGCUCUCAGGGUCCAGAUGACAUGGAAGCCACAUUUCUGACCACUGACACGUCCUUUGUCGACAAUCCGCCGAGCAGCAAACUGGCCUCCAAAUUUCAGAACCCAGCAACCCCAGCAUCAACGUCAGCAUCAACGUCAGCAUCAACGUCAGCGCCAACGUCAAAGUCUGCUGGUGCAUCAAGAGGUAGAGGCGGGAUUCCAACGCGGGCAGGAAGAGGGGGCGGUAUUCCCGUGCGAGGGCCGUCCUCCAGGGUCACACGAGGCGGGAGUGGCAUUCCAGCCAGAGGCGGGGUUGGGAGAGGUCGAUAUGCCAAGGCAUAG